AUGGGAAAGUGGGAAAUUCCAGUACUUCACCUCUGGCGAGAUGUGUUUCACGACGGGACGAAUGGAGGCUUUGGUUGGACGUAUCCGAGCAGGAGGAUGUCUUCACCAUUUGGUCGAUUCAGUUCAGAGACCCUGACAACCAGCGGACUCGGCCUUCCAGCCUCUUCGUCACUUCUCGCCUCGAGCGCCAUUGACGAAGUGACCUUUCUUGAUUUGUCCAUCCCUUUUCGACAGACUUUCACAUGCACACAUACACACACACACAAUGACAUACACACCAAGAUGCGGUUAACUUUCUCUCUCUCUCUAUAUAUAUAUAUAUAUAUAUAUAUGUCACGGCGACAUGUGCAUGCAUGUGCACAGGCCGAGAGACUUUUCUGUCUCGGCUCGGCUGUCGCGUCUCGGACGGGAUCCUCGCGCACCGGCUCGUCGUCGUUCGAGGCGACCGAAGAGGCUAAAUCGAAUCCCAGCCGAGUUGGGGGGCGCGAUUUUGGCGCAUUACCGGCCGCUGAACGACGGUACUCGAGGCGAGCACCCCCCGUCCAUUCGCCCCACGGCCACACUCAAGCUCCGCCGGACGUCUUCUUUGCCCCCAGACCAGCAUCGGCAUUCGCCGACCGGCCGGACCGGACCGGACUCGGCCACGUCCGAGACUGCAGCGCGAGACUCGAGUGCUCUUUCAUUUAA